AUGUUAGCAUUCCAAAACUUCCAGGAGAAGGCUGAAGGAGUUCUUAAUGAAUGCUAUCGGGAGGAUGAACAUCGUGCUCAACUGAUUAUUAAUCAUGAACUUGUGCACUACGGCAGGAGUUCAGUUAUCAAACUGGCUGCUGAAGGCCAAAGCAUCAAGUUUAUGGCACACCCAUGUUGUCAGGACUUCCUCACUAACACCUGGAAUGGAAAUCUUUCUACAAAGAAUAGCGUCUUCCGGGUAUGCCUUACUUUUUUUAAACCCUCCUCUCAGCAAUGA